CGUGGUUUUUGUUCUUCUCGAGAGGAAGUGGAUGUCCUGAGCGGGAAAAUGGAACUGUUUUGCUUGGGUUCGGUUUAGAGGAUAACAAAACAAGUGCAGUGAAAUAUUUCGGUUUUAUUAUUAAUAUUUCGGAAAUUCAUGCGAAUAAAUAUUGACGCGAGGAUAACUUGUAUCCAGGGAAUUCUUCAACGGUGGCGCAGAAAUGGUUGGGGAAUCUGUUAGCUAGCCGUUAGCUUCACUGAAGUGUUUAAACUUCCGGUGUAACGUUUGUCCAGUUUAAAAAACGGCACGCAUUUAAACCCGGUCUGUUGAUGCGGAUUCACACUGACACUCAUCAGCACUGAUCCUGCAGAUCUACAACACACUACACAAGACUAAAACAGCGCAUUGUUAUAUCGCUUUGCUUGUUUAUUUAUUUCACUGCGGACUUUUACAAAUAAACAACAUUUCUGCUGAAGCUGAGAAACUGCUGUGAUGAAACACCAGAGCUACUCUACAAAACCAACAUUUCAAGAACCAAAACUGGACAAUGUUGAGCACAAAAAAUCUGCAUCUAUCAGGAAACACCAUUCUGUGUGUGAGCCUGUACAGAAGAAACCCCUGGCUGGGCGAAUCUUUUAUUUGGAUCUACCCUGUAACAAACGCAGCCAGGCAUUAGAAGCUGAUAUCAAGAGUCUUGGAGGAACGGUGGAAAAGUUUUUCAGUAAAGAAAUCCGGUACUUGGUUUCAAGUAAACCUGAAGCUCGGCACACACAGCUGCUCAUCCAGGAAUCCCCGGUGCCGAGUCCAGACUCGGGCCUCAGCUCUCCACAUCCUGGCAGCAGGAGGGACAAUCACAGUCACCGGGGCAGCUCACAGGGACCUCACGACAGUGUGGUUGUAAGCCGAGGGAAAUCCUUAGUGGAGAAAGUCGUUAAGGAACACGAGCGUAUUCAGAUGAACAGAAUCCUGGCCAAUGCACUUGAAUGGGGUGUAAAAAUCCUCUACAUCGAUGAUAUCAUUUCUUAUAUUGACAAGAAAAAGAGCACAAUUGCCAAAGUCAGAGCAACAUCUCAUUCGUUGAAGAAAACUGCUAAACCUGAGACUACGGAUGGGCCUGCGUCUCAGAAAAGCAAACCUGGACGAAUUAACCGCCCUUUUGUUAAAGUCGAGGACUCCAGCAGGCACUACCGUCCUCUCUAUCUCCCCAUGGUCAGCAUGCCUGUGUGUAACCUCAGAUCUGCUGCCCCCUGCAGUCCAUUCUUGGAAGAGCAUGAUAAAGAUUACCCUGGGAAAAAGGCAAAAGUGCACGGGUCUGGGGGCGACCGACGGGAGAAGGGCAGGAAAGACAGACACAGGGGCCGUGAGGGAAAAGGCAGAAGGAAAGGGGGCUACUGCGAAUGCUGUGUUGUCAAAUAUGACAAUUUGAAAGCUCACCUGCAAAGUGAGCAGCAUCAGGCCUUCUCUAAAAGUGAGGAGUACCUGGUGAUAGACAGAGUUAUCUCAGGACUCACCUGUGAUUUUCUACCAGUCAGUCAUCAAAUAAAAAGAGCAAAGUGCAGCGUCACCUCUCCACUUGUCAUCCCUGGACCAGAUGUAGGGAAGGACAGAGAAAUGGGAGUUGAGGAGGAAGAUGUGACUAACGAGACCCCGCAAUGGGGCUCUCACAACUCUGAGCGCUCAGUCCGCAAGCGCUCCAGAGAACUCUCCCACAGCCCAAAAGGAGACUCAGCUGGACAAUCGGACACUUUUCAGAAAUCCCAGUCAAAGCGAGGGUCAUUUGAAUGGGAAUCCAGUUCCACUGCUGCUUUACAGAAGGCUUUGUGCACAUCAGUGUGUAACACCAGACAAGACUGUUUUUCUGAGUGUCUGGAAAGGCCCUCAAUGCCUGCUUGUUUACAACAAAGGACUUCACAAAGCACGCUCAACGUUCGACUUUCAGAUCCCGCAGCAUUCAGAACUACCAGCAGGUCACUGCGUGCCGGGACCUCGCGCGUGGUGUCCGAGCCUUCUGUAAUCUCAGACUUUCACACUGCACCCAAGUUGCUGCUUUUAGAUGGUACAGGACAUACCACAGAGAGACCUUUCCAUAAUACAGACAAAGCACCUGACGUCACACAGCAUGGACCUGUGACUGAGGAAAUGUCUUCUUUCAACACAGACGUUGUAACUGGAGUCUUACAAAGGAAAGUGCGGCCGGUAAGGCGGAGACGAACCGCACCGUCUGAGUCCCUGCGUGGUUUUUCUGGCAAACCUGCAGAAUCCCAUUCCCUUCCAAGAAAAGUGUCCGGGUCUCGGAGACUUUCAGCAUCUGCCCUGGACUUAUGGCAGCUCUUUCAGUCCAGCGAAAACACGGAGGACAAUUUUAAAGGUUUUUACGAUUAGUAGAAAGAAAAAGGAUUUUGAAUAUGAAAUGAGCAUUGGUGAAGUGUGUGUGUGUGUGUGUGUGUGUGUGUGUGUGUGUGUGUGUGUGUGUGUGUGUGUGUGUGUGUGUGUGUGUGUGUCCUAAAUGAUCACAUUUUUUUUUAUAUCUCUUGCAGAGAUAGUCCGGUUCCUUAAUGAAUGUGGUUUAUGUAAGACAGAGCUAUGAAAUAUUAUGAAAUUAAAUAUUAUAUACAGCUGCAAAA